AUUACCCUGAUUUAUCGUACAAAUAUGACUGAUUUUAAACUUUAACGGUUUCAUUGCAGUCCUUACAACCAUGUUGACCGCAUCGUUUAACUGAGUCUUUCUUCGUUCAUUAACGAAACUAAUUAACUUUAGCCGAUAACUAAACAAUGGCGCGACGCUCUUGCAUGGUUGCGGGACUGUCUUUUCUUCUGGUCAUUGUCCAGGGAGACUAUAGCCAACAGCAAUCGACUGCGAAAGGUUGCGGCAUUCCCAUCGUCGUCAAUACUGUGCCUAUUCCCGACCCUGCUCGGUUAGCCGGAACAUGGUACAAGCACAGACACACAGGUGCCGCCACCGUCAAUCAAAUCUUCAACCAUGUUGCUCUCAACCGCACCGGCCUUCCGUUCACCCUGACGUCGGCAGUGGGAACAUAUAUCCACAUUGAGCAAUAUAACAGUGUCAGCGACACGCAGUGCAUUAACCGUUUCUAUAUCGGCGUGUGCGGCACGAAUGGACAGUGCCCGGGAAAAGGUCUUUCGUCCGUGGAUGAUUAUGUUCCCAUUAACAACGAUUUCAACAUGUUGUACCUGGACAUUGACAAUUUCUACAUUGUGUACGCGUGUGGUGGUCCCAACUACAAAACCGGGAUGUGCGAUCGGCCUUCCUUCCAUGUCAUUACCCGCAAUCGUCCGGAUAAGCUGACCGCUGACCAGGUGAAAGCCAUGGAUGAUAUUACCGAUGCCAUCCUGACUCCCUACUGCUUCUCGGCGGCCGAUAUUCCGCAGCAGGCCCACACCGACAGCAAGCCGUAUUGUCCAUUUAUCGACUUUCCUCCUUGCGUCCAACGGGACAUAACCGGCCUAAUGAACGAUGUCAGAAAUGCUACCAGCAAUUAGAGACUUAUAAUUUUGUGCACGGCCGGAAGACGAAAUGCAAUUAAGGGCGCGAUAAAUGCCACCGAAUUAAUUUAAGCUGUGCUUCUGUAAGUUUUAAUUUAAGUGAAGAAAGUAUAUAUACAUAAUACUGCAAGACGAUUCUGUAUGAUACCAAUGUGCGUCGGCGACAACUCUGCCAUUUAACUCCUCAGUUUCUGACAAAUACACUGACACUAAUUUCGAUACAUUUAUACUAUUGUGAACAUUUAUUGGUUUCGUUAGUUUGU